CAGGAAAAUGAUCUCUACAACUUUCAUUUUGAUUUGGAUUUGAUGUCUUGGGACUCAGACCUUUGGAAUAUUACAGGCCAUGCCUAUGCAGAUGCCAGCGUGAAGACAGAACCUUUGUCACCAGCUACUUCCAGCUGCUCGGUCCCUUCGCCACCAUCUGUGGACUCUCCAGUGCAGAACGUGCCUGAUGAUGUGGACUUCAGCUGUAGCUCCCAGAUGUCUCCCAUCUCUCUCUACAGCAAGAGCUGCAGAAGCCCUCCAUCCCCUGAAGGAGACGGGAAGAAGCCUCCUGGGAGCAUCUCUUCUCGAUCUGUGAAUAAUUCUGCGAGGAGCCUGAAGAAGUGUGGUCAGACAGUGUCCAGGCCUUUGCUACAACCCAAACCCCUUUUGCCUGCUGUGCCUGAAACUCAGGCUAACAUUGGCAUCCCAGCUAAAACCAUCAUUAUUCAGACUCUUCCCACGCUUGUGCCACUGCCAAAGAAUCAGCCAGUUGUUAACAUCCAGCCAGCACCUCCUAAAGGUCCAUCCGUGGUGCUGCCCCAGCCUGCUGUGGUACAGCUCCAGGCUUCUGGGGUGCUCCCUGCCUCCCAGCCAGUCAUUGCAGUGGCUGGAGGAGCCCCAGCUCUCCAGAGCCAGGCGGUGAAGGCGCUGUCUGCAGCCACUGGGAGCGGCUCCGGUAGCGGCAAGGUGCCGGUGACAAAGCCCCUGCUCCAGAGCAGUGCCCCAGCCACGGGGCUGGAUGUCAAUGUCUUGCGGCGGCAGCAGCGCAUGAUCAAAAACCGCGAGUCAGCCUUUCAGUCACGCAAGAAAAAGAAGGAGUACAUGUUGGGACUGGAGGCCAGGCUGGAGGCAGCCCUGCUGGAGAAUGAGAAACUCAAGAAAGAAAACAGCACGCUGAAGAGGCAGCUGGAUGAAGUGGUAUUGGAGAACCAGAAGCUCAAAGUAUCAUCUCCAAAGAGAAGGACACUGUGUGUGAUGGUGAUCCUGGCCUUUAUAAUGUUGAAUUAUGGUCCAUUGAGUGUAUUUGAGAAGGAUCCCAAUGGAGCAGAUUCCACUGUGAGUUCUAACCACCGCACCAGAAAUCUUCUGGAGUUCUCAGCUGGCCAGGAGUCCAGCCCAGCUCAGAAGGAACCUGAAAGCAUCGUUUCUGAGGAGGACAACAGGGAUGACCGUUCUGUAUCUGAUAACAAAGCACUAAUGAUAGUCUCAGAAGAGCCACUGUUAUAUAUUUCACCACCACCACCCCCCUGCCGGCCUCUGAUCAACAGGACAGAGUCCCUGAGGCUGACCCACGAGCUGCGGGGAUGGGUGCACAGGCACGAGGUGGAGCGCACGCGGUCCCGGCGCCUCAGCAACAGCCAGCAGCAGCAGCAGAGAGCACGAGUGCCACAGAGCUCCCUCAGUGACAAAACAGAUUCCCAGCUAAUGGCCAUGCCUUACACAGACACCAGUCUCAGCAGGAACUCAGGGAAUGAGCUGCAGGUGUAUUAUGCCUCUCCCAGGAGCUAUCAAGACUUCUUUGAAGCGCUUCACCGGAGGGAGGACACGUUCUACGUGGUGUCAUUCCGCAGAGACCACCUGUUACUGCCAGCCACCACACACAACAAGACCAGGAGACCAAAGAUGUCUAUAGUGCUGCCAGCUGUAAACAUCAAUGAGAAUGUGAUCAACGGGCAGGACUACGAGGUGAUGAUGCAGAUAGACUGCGAGGUGAUGGACACCAGGAUCCUGCACAUCAAGAGCUCCUCUGUCCCUCCCUACCUGCGGGAGCAGCGCAGGAAUCACAGCCAGCCCCUGUACAGCUCGUCCCCCUCGGUCCCAGAGACUCCCCACGCCCUGAGGGCCAUUGUCAAGUCCCUGCAGUGACACACAGGCAGCACCCUGCAUGCAGCAGGUCCUGCUGCCAGCCUGAGCCCUUCCCUGGCAGCUCCUGGGGCUCCUGGGCACAGCAGGGACAAUCCCCUCGAGCCCACCUUACCCAGUGGUCCCAUCCUGCCCAGGAUUGUGCAGCUCAGCUGGCUCCUGGCCAGGGACAGUCCUGGGGACCCCACGCAGCGUGGGGGUCAGGGGCCAUCCCUACCACUUCUGCACUGUCCACAACUGGGGUUGUUCUGCAUUUUUGUCCCUGCUGGGCUGCCAGAGACAUGGCAGCAGACACCCACACUUGGGUGCCCGGGCAGCAGGAGGAGGCCAGCUGAGUCCAGCUGUUGUGUCCAGCUCCCAGCUGCAGGUGCUGGGCCUGACCAGGCAGCCCCACUCCUCACCUUCCCUGCCCAAAUCCUGCCUGCACAGCCUCCCCUGCAACAGUGGUGGGGCAGCCCAGCCCCGCAGGAGGGUGCUGGGACCCCCACUCACCCCUAAAGCACUACAAGAAGAACAGCCCCAGUGCCCCAGGGCUGGGCUGCCCACCAGGCACUGCCCACCCCGCACCUGCCUGGCUCUCCAGGGUCCUGCUGCUGCCUUCCCCAGCCCACAGGGCAGCACAAGAGGCUUGGCCCAAAGGAAGUGAUUUCAUGCAGCAGAUGCAUUUGUAAAGUUUGGGUUUUUUUGAGUUUGUUGUUUUGUUUUCUUCCUGGUUUUUGUUUGCGUGGGUUUUUUUGUGUGUGCUAUUUAAUACUUUCCACUGCUUACAACAGCCUGGAGAGCAGCACUGGGCCCUGCUGGGGCAGAGGGGCUGCUUCAGUUCCGUGGGACACAGCCACAGCACCUUCUCCUGAAGCCACACACAGGUUACACAGAGCCAGACCCACACAGAGGGCACACAC